AUGAUGAAGAUACCAGUGAUUCUUUCAUCGCUCCUUUUCGCUAUUGUCUCGUCUAAAGUCCCAAGUCAAACGUCGAACAAGUAUAUAGUGGAACAGAAGGGCCCGGAAACGUGGUUAGAACGCGUGAACAUCGUCGACGAGGAAACUAUAUCCAACGAUGUUGAAGGAAAGAAGAAUUCUUUGGAGGAUGGACGACAGAAAUCACGAGCGAACGAGGCUGGAUUAACCCGGUGGGAAAUGGGAUCAGUGCAAGAGGCUUCGAGCGGAACUGAUUGGGGAGGGUUGCUUCUUCGCCUCGCGGAUAGACAGGAUUCUGCUAGAGAAACAAGAAAUCUGCCGCCUCUAAUCUCUUUAUUGAGACCAAAGCUAGAAAAGUCCGACUUUACUCUUCGCAAAUCGCACGAAGAUCGUCAACGAAGAUCGCUACAAGACUACCGUAUUUCGGACUACAUGGUAUUAACGGAAAAUCUCAACAACGAGGACGAGGUUCAAAAGAUUCUGGCGAAUGCCAAGGCGCAAUUAAGCACCGUGAAAUCGGAAAACAUGGGAAAAUUCCGAAACAACGCUUUUGGCGACGAUUGGCUCUCCUUUGUGUUGCCAUUCAGAUCAGGAAUGGGAUUCACGGAAUCGCUGUUAAGGAGGUCAAACGCGAGUUACGAUCUAGGAAUACAGAAUGAAAAAUGGGUCGAUGACACGAAAUUUCUAAACACGAAACAAUUUCUACAACAUAACGAAGAUAUGGAAAUUGAUAAAAAGGACGCGUUCGGUAAAAGAUACGAAUCGUCUCUUUCGAACGAGAACAGAAACACGGGAUAUUUUGACGAAUUAACAAAAACGUCUUGGAUCACGGAACAGGCUGAAGACAGAUACAAAAAACAACAUCCUGAAUCACGAGUGAAAGAAACAAGCAAAGAUGGUUCAAGUACGACCGAAGAAAAAUACGAAACAGAUGCUGAAUCACCGAUGAAAGACACCGGAAAAGAUGGUUCAGGUAGAAGCGAAGAAAAAUAUAAGAAAGCUUUUGAAUCACGUUUGGAAGAAGCAGGAGAAUAUGGUUCGGAUACACAGCCGAAUAAAGAACGUUUGAUCAAAAACGACGAACAUAGGAACGAAGACUGUAAUUACCGUGACGCGAAAGUCAACGUUGACAUAAAAAAUGAAGAGACAUUAUUUAAUGAUAUUUCGAUCGAUAACACAAUGAACAGCGUAGUGGGAAGUGAUAAACUCUCGACUGCAGAACUACCUGUGAAAAUACUUCAAGCACACGAUAAAACGAACCAAAAUAAACGACCUUCGAGCGAUAAAUCGCUUUUCAUUUCGGAUCCGUUUGUUUUGCGAACGAAAUGGGAAGGCGGCUCGAGACAGGAGAAAAAGGAUGAAGAAUCGAAGACAGUCGAUGAAUCAAACUCGGUGAAAGUGGAUCAAAAUAUGCAAGGGAAGAAGUUAAUUAGCAACGAAAUACAGGACGAAUCGUAUCAAGAUGUAAAAUCCAGUUUACAGGACAGGAAGUUAAUUAACAAGGAAACACAGGAAUCGUAUCGAGAUUCAACGUUGCCGAAUGAUGAAUCAGAUUUUAAUGAAAGCAUCGAUAUUCUACGCGCAAGGAACAAAAUGGAUGAAAAGAUGAUAUCGAUGGAAAAGGAAAAGUCGAUCGUGACAACGCAAGAGAAAAAAGAUUCUUCGGAAUUAAAAAUACCGCAAUUGUUAGAUGAAUCGUCGGACCUGAGAGAGCAGAUGCAGAGAUGGCAAAAUCUGUACCAGGGAAAUGAGAAGAAUCUUUCGUUGAAUUCCUGGCGUAUCGACGAAUCCCCGGCGACAAACACUCGCAAAGGUAUUCAACAGGAAUAUGAUAAACAGAAGAGUGCAGCUGAAGAAACAUCAAUUCACGUCGAUGCAAACAAACGUGGCCGUGUGAAACAUCGCGAGCGUAUUGAAACGAAAUCAACGUCUACCGAAGGGAUGCGCGCUGAAAACGAGGAACGAAGAAAAUCGUUGAAUGACGAUGGGCAGCAGAGCGAGAUGGAGGGACGUAAUGUUUCAUCGGCAGAUCGCGCCGAUUACGCGCUGGAUUCUGAUGAAAAUGUUAAACUCGAACGGACAUCUUUAGAGGAAAGAGAGGAGGCGAUAGCUGAUGUGAAAUCUCGAGAAGAGAAGUCCGAUAUGGGAAAUUUAAAAGAGAAGAAGCACGAAGCGGAGGAUCCUGAAACAGCAGAAUUCCAGUUUGAUAUAAAUAGUAACGAGUUUGAGAUAGAGAAUAUGAAGAAUGCAGAAUUUAAGAUGAAAUAUUUAAGGGGGAAAUAUUCUACAGAAGAAAAUUUACGAAUGCAGAAUGCAGAGGAUAUCGAAGGAGACGAUAUAAAUAGAGGAAAAUUUGGAUUAGAAGAUGUAGAGAAAGAGAAGUCCAAAGAAGAAAGUGAUAAAAAGAAGGAACAUGAUAUUUCAGGCACGAAGAAAACAAAGUUUGAAGUUGAGAAUUCGCAAGGGAAGAAACUUCGGUUACAAGAUGUGAAUGAAGGAGAUAAAUUGGAGUCGAAAGGUCUGAAAAGGAAAAAAUUUGAUCCGGAAAUUUCAGCGAAAAGAAAAUUUGAAGCAGAAAGUUCGCAGAUAGAUAACGUAAAAUUGAACUUUGGGCCGUGGGAUGUAGCAGGGCAGAAAUUUGAGUCGGAAGAUUUACAGAAGAGAAAAAGUGAGGAACGAAAUGUGGACAAUGACAAAUUUGAAGCGGGCGAUUUGAAAGAAAAGGAAGUAGGCCCGGAAGAUCGAGGCGAAACAGAAUACGAUCCGAUAGUAACACGGGAAGAUAAAUCUGGGUCAAUGAACGUAGAAACUGAGAAAUUUAAACCGUCGGUUGAAGUAUUGAAGCCACAGUUUCGCGAAGACAAUCUGGUACUGACUUUGGAUGAAAUUUCAACGAAAAACGUUAAAAAUAUCGAACAAUUUGAUCCAAGUGACACACAAAUAAAUAUAAAACAAGGGAAGAAAAUUAUGCAACAAGACAAAGAAUCGUCGGAGAAAGAAAAGGAUGAAUUUAAUAAAAAUGACGAGGAAAUAAAUAAAAACCUUGAAGAGGACACAAAGGAAUACGUAAAAUACAAGCAAUAUGAAACUGACGAAAACUUAAUCGUUAAGGCUAAAGACGAUGAAAUAUUUAAAGAAGAUCCCUGGAACAAUGACGUUACGUACAAGUACGAAGACUUACGUGCUACUCAUGACGACGCGUUUGAAAUUUCGAAUAAAGAAAGUGAAUCGAGAAAAAAAGAAUAUGAAAUAGCGUCUGGUAAACAAUCUUUGAACGCGGAUGAAGAACGUGGAAUAACUGAAAAUAAAAGUAAAGAAAAUGAGAAGGUUAUUUCGUACGAAGGAGCAAUGUACAAAGAUGCAAGUGCUGAUAAAGUAUCCGGAGGUAAAUAUAAGCUGAAAGAGGACCCCAUCGUAACAAAUAAAAGAAAAUACGAAGCAGAGACGACGAAGGGAAUAGGACUAUCGUCCGUCGAAGAAGGAAUGAACGAAACGAGUAGCAAAAAUGAAGAAGAGCAUGAAAAGUUAUCUUUGAGUAAAGAAAUUCUGGGAAAGAGAGAUUUCAAAAUAAAGAGUGAUACUUUCGAAGAUAACGAUAAAAAAGACGUAAAGUCGAAUCAAAUAUUCGAUGGAAAUGCGUCAUCGAUGGAAGAAAAUAACGUAUUAGUAAAAAGAACGCAAUUACAAGCAGAACGUACGUUAUCAGGAAUAACAGACAUUGCAGAAGAGGGACCAUUUGUAAACGCUGGAAUUCACGAAAAGAAUAAUAGAGCUCGUGUGUUAUCAGCAAAAACAAAUACCAAGGAGAAAGAACCGUUUAACGAUCGAAGAAUUUAUCAAGAAAUUCAUAACAUCGAACCAUUGGAAAAUAAUGAAAAACAUAUUAUACGUACGAAAGAACGUAAACCAAAUAAAUUAUCGGAAUAUCAGACUGACGGAAUACAAACAUUAAAUAUUGAAAGCAAUCAAUUUUCCAAUGACAAUAUUAUUAUUUCCAAGAAGGACAAUUCUGCGAAUAAAAUUAAUGAAAUAUUGCGAGAGUACGAGAACAGUGAGAAAGCAUUGUUACCUGAUUCGGAGGUAAAUCAAGCGACGAAUAUCAGUACUCGAACAGGAAGUCCCACAGAUCCUCAAGGAAACGACGAAUUCUCUACUGCGACUAUCGAAGCAUACGUUGCGAAACUACAAGAUGGAAACAAAGAAUUUCGGCCAAGCGGAAAUGACACGUCUGCAACUCCUGACGAAGAUCAAAUCGAAAUUCGCGCGAAUAUCGGCAAAUUAAGUAAUACAGAUGUCCACGCGCUUGGAUAUUCUGAUAGACUUAACAAAGAUAAUAAUUCUUCGGCUGGAGUUCACGAAGUAUCUUUAGAAGAAAAAGAACCUGGAAAAAAUAAGAUGGCAACGUUCGAAGGAGUGUCGAGUGAAAAUACGCGAAAGGAAGCUAAAGAAGGGAAAAAGGAAAUUAUAGAAGGUUUAUCACUUUCAAAUACUGGUGCAAGCAAUGGAGAAGAAUCGAAGACAGCGAAGGAAACACACGUGAUUGGUGGUACCAAAGAAAAAUAUGAUAAUACUUUGGAGACAUUGAACGAAACAGCUGAUCAAUCGAUUAUUAAUCUAACUGGAUUUUUAAGUGACGAGUCUAAAGAAUCUUCGUCAAAGGAGAGGCUAGAAGAAAUCGGAUCUGUAUUUUAUAAUUCAAACGAAGAAAGUAACUUCUCAGAUGUACAUAUCACUAAUCCUCCAGUUUUCAUUGAUAAGACCGAUCAUGAAACUAUCGAUCCCGAUGAAAGCAGUCAGGAAUAUAUAAAGUCUGGCCGUGAAAGCAUUAACGCUGCAUUAACAAAAAUUGAAAAUCUGGAGAAGGAAUAUUAUGCGAAAAAGGAAAUAGACGAAGCCUCGAAAUUAAAUUCAAAUAUCGAUACGUCAACCGAAUCAUUAAUUAAAACGAAUGAAUUAGAUCUUCUAGGGGAACACAAAGAUAAAGUAGUGGCAAAUGAUGUAAACUUGGAACAAGCGACUGAAUCAUUCUCGGCUUGGAGUUCCAAGUUCUCCGGUAAUGGCGGCAUCUCCGGAGAAGAUAAUAUAUCAUCGACUGCAAUUAAUCAAGGAUCCGAAGAAGAAACGGAGAAAGAGGAAAUAACGGGACGUAACACGGCUGAAGAUCAUUCGUCUAAACACAGCGAUUUGAAAAUGAUUAGUAAUUUGUCAGUUAUAAGCAGCGGCAGUACCGAGAUAGGAGAACAAAAUGAAGAAAGAAAUUCUACGAUAACAGAUGAAGAACUGGACAGUGGCAACCUCGAAGGAAAUCUUUCGAACGUUGCUAGAUUAUUAACGACUAAAAAUUCUGCAGAAAUUAUGAGUUACUAUAAAACCGAAGGGAAUGGUAGUAAUGUUGUUGAAUAUGAGAAAAUAAAUAAAAGCGACAAGGAAGAUCGGACGAAAGAAUCAGAAAUCGAUAUAUCUGGAAGGAGUAACGAGUCUUCGAUAGGUAUUACGCAGAAACAAGCUGUAACGACAGGGAAAAGUAGAUUAAACGACCCGUACGUCAAAGAAACCGAACAAAAAGAUUCUUUGAACGAAAGUGAAUCGAUUACGUGGGAUUUAAAUAAAGAGAAAACGCCCGUACAAGGAUCCAACACAAGCAUCGAGGUGACUAAGAGUAACGAUGCCGCCAGAGAAAGUAAAGAGUCAUCACCUACGGCAAACACGCUAAAAAUGUCGAAGAAUAAAGUUGUAUUGUCCGAUUUAAGCGGCGAAAGUUUCCAGAAAAAUGACAAGUUGGGCAAGAAGCAACACGAAACGUUGAACAAUUCGAGUUCGGGUGAAACGAGAUCGAAAGAAGAUGAAAUUACCAAGCUCCAUACGAAAGUGAACGACAAGUACACGACGCCAUCUGCAGAACGGCAAUUAAUCGAAAACGAAGUACUCGGAGCGUUCUCCGAAACGAGUACUCAACCUGCUUUGAAUAUCAGCGAAGCUCGCUCUCCAGACAUGCACGAAAAUACAAUUAAAUCUCGUUUACUUGAAGCAGCCACGCUACGUCCACUUAAUUGGACCGAUAACGAAGGAUACAAAGACCCACUGGUCGAAGCUAGUUGGAUACACAAAGAAACUCUUAGCACUGGGACUUACGAUCCUGACACUAUGCAUUUAUCCAAAUUAGAUCCUGAAAGGAAAUUAUCUGAAAUAGUAAAAGUGUCGAAUGAAAAAGUUAAAAGUUCAACAGACAAAGUGGAAAAUAUUCCGAAAGAGAGAGAAUAUGAUAUCACUUACAACAAUAUGAAAAGUUUGAGAGGCGAUGAAACAGAGAAAGUAGCUGAAAAUAUUUUCAAUGGAUUUAACGACAUUUCUGUCGAAAGCAAUAAUGAACAUAUGGGGACAAUAGAGGACAAUAAAUUUAUGAACAGUAUUGUGGACAUGUCAUAUGCAAGCGUGUCACUUAACGAAAGUGACUACAGGAUAGACGGCGAGGUAAAUGCCAGGAGACAGGAAAACAUAGAUCUUUCGCACGAGAAUGAUCUAUUAGGCGUGCGAGAGAAUGAGAAUAUAAAAAAUACGGAUGCAACUGAUAUAUUGGAUCAAAAGUAUGACCUAAAUGAAAAAUAUUCAGAAUUGGAUAUUAAUGACGAAGACUAUAAACCAAAGAUAUCAACCAUUACAGAUGCUACACAAGAUCAGGAUAAUUUGUUGAAAAAUAGUAAACAAGAGAAGAAUCCUCUAUUGAAACUUCUUUUAAACAAAGCAAAUGAUAUGCAAAAUUUGAACAACAAAAUAAAAGGAUCAUAUAUGAGUGAUAAUAGUUCUGAGAAAAAUAACGAAUCUUCGGAAGCACGAGCAAAAAUCAAGCUUGACGAGCUAAAUAAAGAAACAUUUGAAGGGAAGGCAACUCAGGAAUCAGAAAGUUACGAAGAUAAAUUACAUCUAUCUGAACAGAGAAUAUCACAGUCCGAGGAGAAUUUGUAUGAAAUACCCGAAGACGGAAAAGAAACACAGAUACAGAAAGCUUUAACCGAAGCUGAAAUAGCGGUAACUGAGUUUCCUCGAGUAAAGGAACAACAACAGAAGAAUAUCUUAGAAAAGGAGGAGGAAACGUAUACUAAAGCGGGAGAUAAGCAUAUUUCAAGCGAAAAUCACUUAGAAGAUUCUGAUAGACGUAAUGUUAGUUGGAACCAGUUAAAUCCAAUGGAAAUUACAGAUUCGAAGAGUAACGAUGACAUAUCAUUAAAAGAACAUUAUAAACCAAAGAUACAAGGCACAUCAAGCAACUUGGAAGACAUUGAUUCUGAAAUAUUAAUCAGAUCUGAUAGCACAUCCGAUAAGAUUAUGAAUGAUUUACAGAAUAAAUACAAAGACUUAGCUCUGGAUAUAAAUGAUCCACAGAAGAUAACUUAUGAUUCAAAUACACAAGAUGAAUUGAAGCUAAAUUCAAAAGAAGUGGGUCACCCUGGAACAUCAAUAAAAUCUUAUUAUACAUCCAAUGUUACUGAAAAUAACAUACACAAUCAAUACCAAAAUCCAACCCUAACAGUAACUGAGCCACUGAAAUUGGCUUACGAAUCAAAAAUACAAAAAUUAUGGCUCAAUUCGGAAAAUGAUACUAAUUCUAGCGUAUCGAUCGGAUCUGGCUAUACAUCUAACGCUAUCGCGAGUGAUUUACACGAUACACUCAGGGAUCCAACUACGAGUGUAAGUAACUCAAAGAAAGUCAAUUAUGAAUCAUAUGCGCAAGAUGAACCGGAACUAAAUUCUAGCGUAUCAAUCGGAUCUGGCUAUACAUCUAACGCUAUUGCGAGUAAUUUACACGAUACACUCAGGGAUCCAGUCACGAGUGUAAGUAACUCAAACAAAGUCAUUUAUGAAUCAUAUGCACAAGAUGAACCGGAACUAAAUUCUAGCGUAUCAAUCGGAUCUGGCUAUACAUCUAAAGCUAUUGCGAGUAAUUUACACGAUACACUCAGGGAUCCAACUACGAGUGUAAGUAACUCAAAGAAAGUCAUUUAUGAAUCACAUGCACAAGAUGAACCGGAACUAAAUUCUAGCGUAUCAAUCGGAUCUGGCUAUACAUCUAACGCUAUUGCGAGUGAUUUACAUGAUACACUCAAGGAUCCAGCUACGAGUAUAAGUAACUCAAAGAAAGUCAUUUAUGAAUCAUAUGCACAAGAUGAAUCGGGACUAAAUUCUAGCGUAUCAAUCGGAUCUGGCUAUACAUCUAACGCUAUUGCGAGUAAUUUACACGAUACACUCAGGGAUCCAGCUACGAGUGUAAGUAACUCAAAGAAAAUCAUUUAUGAAUCAUAUGCACAAGAUGAAUCGGGACUAAAUUCUAGCGUAUCAAUCGGAUCUGGCUAUACAUCUAACGCUAUCGCGAGUGAUUUGCACGAUACACUCAGGGAUCCAGCUACGAGUAUAAGUAACUCAAAGAAAAUCAUUUAUGAAUCAUAUGCACAAGAUGAAUCGGGACUGAAUUCUAGCGUGUCAAUCGGAUCCGGCUAUACAUCUAACGCUAUUGCGAGUGAUUUACACGAUACACUCAGGGAUCCAACUACGAGUGUAAGUAACUCAAAGAAAGUCAUUUAUGAAUCAUAUGCACAAGAUGAACCGGGACUAAAUUCAAAAGAAAAGACGGACCCUGGUACAUCAGCCGGAUCUCAUUAUACGACCAAUGCUGUGAAGAGUAAUUCACAUAAUAAAUCUAAAAACCCAGCUAUAAGUGCAAGUGACUCAAAGAAAGUGAGUUAUGGGUCAAAAGUAAAGGAUAAAUCAAAAUUCACUUUGGAAGACGAUGCUUACUCUAAUAUAUCAGUAAAAUCUUAUUUUACAUCAGACGCUAAUAAAUAUGAUUUACAUAGUGAGUACCAGGAACCAACUCUAAUCGUAAUUGAUCCACUGAAGAUGACUUACGAAUCGAAUAUACAAGAUGAGUCAAAACUCGAUUCAAGAGAAAAGACUGACUUUGGAAUAUCAGGCGAAUCUCGCUAUGCAUUUGGCGCCGAUAAGAAUGAUUUACAUAACGAAGACCAGGACUUAACCCAAGUUGUAAAUGACCCAAAGAAAUUGAUAUACAAAUCAAGUAUAUAUGAUGAGACAAAGCCCAAGCUCAAAGAAUAUUUAACUAGAAAAUUAGAUUCGAACGAAGAGGCUUACUCGAUUAUGUCAACCGAACCUUACAGUGAUUUAGAUAGCGAAUCUAAUGAUUCACCCAUAAGCGUUAGUGAUGAGUUAGCGAAAGUACUUUAUAAAUCAAAUAUAGACAAUAAAUCGAGCUUUGAUUCGAAAAAAGAUGCUGACUCUGAUUUAUCAGGGAAAUAUUACUCCAUAUGGAAUACUACUAACAGCGGUUUGCAUAAUAAACCUAAGGACUCAGGUGCAAUUUUAAAUGAUUCGAAGAAAGUUAUUCACGAAUCAAGUGUAGAAGACAAUUCAAAAAAGAAUAUCGAUACUAACAUACCGGUCGAAUCUUACUUUACAUCUAACGUUGAACAUGAUUUACACAGUCAAUACCAGGACCCAGAAUUAGUGGUACUUGAGCCACUGAGAAUAACUUAUGAAUCGAAAAUGCCAAAACACUCGAUACACGAUACAAAAGAAGAUACUGACUCUGAUAUAUCGAACAAAUCUCAGUAUACAUCUAGUACUGUUCACAGUAAUUUACGUAACGAAUUCAGAGAUCCAGCUCAAAAUGUUUCUAGGGAAAGUAUUGAUCGACAUAAUUUGAAAACUAUAGCGAAUAGUGAAAAUAUAGUAGAAAACGAAUCUACUCAAUUUAUAAAAGAUGGAAAAACACUUCCAAUUUCUGAACUUCCCGAUCAGUCUUCGUUAUUCACAAUUUUUGAAGAAAGACCAGAAGUAAAUACGCGUGGAGUAAAUGCGCUCUCAAAUAUCCCAGUGAUUGGAAAUUCUACAGACGCACAUCGUUCUUUCGAAAAGAAAGAAAAAAGCACGAAAUCGAACAACCCCUUGUCUCGUGUUUCUGGAACGAUAUUAUCCGGCCGAGACAGCGAAGAAAUUCCAGACGCUAAAUUCGUAAAGGAACUGCAACCUAGUUCGGAAAAGUUGGCAAAAUCAUGGGCAGAAAUCGUGAAUAAAAGCGAAUCGUCCAGCCCUGUAUCUUCGAAGAAGUUUAAAUCGCAUUCCGAUGAAGCAGAAUCUGCGACAUCAGUGAAGUUCUCGUCGUAUAAGAUCUUAGAUAAAGUUUUGGAGACCGAAGAUGCGAAUAACAAUUUAUGCGAUAUCCUCAGAUCUAGUUCCCUGUUUACACAUUUUCAAGAUGAUGCAUGGGAUGACGAAGUUUCAAGCACGUACGAUGUAUCGACCGGCGUGCUACCAUCAAACGUGGUCAAUGUGAAAAGCAAAAGCUACGAAUCUGCGAGUAUGCUUCAGGAGUCAGAUGAAGACAAAGUGGAUGUUUAUAUAGUGAAACAAACUUCUGAAGGGCCCGUAAAAAUCGCACACGUAGAAAAUAUGGAACCUCUCAUCGUAACCAGUGACGAGAUUUCAAAGAAUAUUUACGAUAGCAUAGUUAAUAUAUUCAACAGAAAUCGAAUCAAAAGUGGCUCGUCGGCUACGUAACAAAUUCAAUUCAAUUUAGAAUAUUUGUUAUUUCAUAUGCUUGGUAGUUGUCAGUGAGUUAUCAUAGUGUUAGUAAUUUAUUCAACAGACAUAUAUUUCCAUCAAAGAAUCAGAAAUAUAAGAAAUAUGCUUUAAAUAUUAAAAGAUCGAUGUCACACGUAAAGUUUGCAUUUGUUCUCGUUAACGUUAAUUAACGCUGUCAUACAAUCAAUGGAGCAUAACAGAGAAAAGUAUAGGUACAUUUCGUAAGCCAUUGAACACUUCUCAUUAAUUAACUAAUUAAAGUAUUAAACAAUUGAAACAUUAA